GGCACUUCCGGCCCCAGCCGUGGAAAGAGCCGCAUCUUGAAAAGUGCCGACGCUAUAGGUGAAAUGCAGGUGGGAGCCGCCGCUGAUCUCGGAGAAUCCCAAGAUCCGCGCGGAAUAAGCUGGAGGCAGGGUCCAGUGCCUUUAAACCCGGAGAGCCCACACUUUUUUAAAAAAUGAAGAAAUUAAGGCUUAAGGAACUAGAGAGUCGCCUGCAACAAGUGGAUGGAUUCGAAAAUCCCAAGAUACUUCUAGAACAGUAUCCCACCAGGCCUCACAUCGCAGCAUGUAUGCUCUAUACAAUUCAUAACACAUAUGAUGACAUUGAAAAUAAAGUGGUUGCAGAUCUAGGAUGUGGUUGUGGAGUACUUAGCAUCGGAACUGCAAUGUUAGGAGCAGGGUUGUGUGUUGGAUUUGACAUAGAUGAAGAUGCAUUGGAAGUAUUUCAUAGGAAUGUGGAGGAAUUUGAGUUAACAAAUGUUGACAUGGUUCAAUGUGAUGUAUGCUCAUUAUCUAACAGAAUGUCCAAGUCAUUUGAUACAGUAAUUAUGAAUCCUCCCUUUGGGACCAAAAAUAAUAAAGGGACAGAUAUGGCAUUUCUGAAGACUGCUUUGGAACUGGCAAGAACAGCAGUAUAUUCUUUACACAAAUCUUCAACUAGAGAACAUUUGACAUGUGAGGUGUAUAAAGUGUGUUCCAGAAAAUUGGGGCAUAUUCAAAAGAAAGCCGCAGAAUGGAAAAUCAAGAUAGACAUCAUUGCAGAGCUGAGAUAUGACCUGCCAGCAUCAUACAAAUUUCAUAAAAAGAAAUCAGUGGACAUUGAAGUGGACCUAAUACGGUUUUCUUUUUUAAAAGCCUCCAAAGACAAAAGCAGCUGAAAACCUAAUUAAAAUGAAUAAAAAGUUUUUUACUAAA